AUCCACUCCUUGAUCAACGCACAGUGACACGUGACUGACCUAUUUUCUAACGGUCCGGCCAGUAUUUUCAGUUGACUUGAUGUUUUGAUCUGCGAUAAAGCUUCUAAGCACACGGAAAGUUUUUGGAAAGAUGGCCCUACUAUCACCAUUUCAGAAAGAAAAACUGGAGUAUUUCUUCAACUUUUUCGACGCCAAUGGUGACAAGUAUAUAGAAUUUGCUGAUCUUGAUGGAUUUAUGAAAAAGAUAGUGGAUUACACCGGAUGGAAGACGAACUCUCCCGCCUACCACGAGAUUUAUGGCGUCCACGAGGCUUUCUUUGAGAUCUUGAUGGAGAAGACGGCACACAAGAAGGUGACUUUGGAUGACUGGUAUAAGUUGUGGGCUAAGCUGAUACACGGCAGUAUGGGGAUGCAGAACUUCCCUGUGUGGCUGAGACUUCUACCCAGGUCACUGUUCAGGAUUAAAGAUAGAGAUCAGGACGGACUAAUUAAAGAAGAAGAGUUGACAGACUUCUACUCCAAUUUUGUUCAACUCGAAGACUCCGAAGCCAAAAAGGUGGCCAAGAAGGCAUACGAACUCAUGACAGAUUUUGGAAGGUACCCGCUAAAUCUAGCCAGCUACGAGCAGAUUUUCGCCAACUUUCUCCUCGGCAAAACCCCCCAUGGGCCCGGCCGAUUCAUCUUCGGCUGUUUCGAACACAGUACCAACAGGACCAAGUUCCAGCUAAUUCAGGCGGCUAAUGACGACGACGAAGAUGAAAUUCCGGUAGAAAAACCGAAAACGCGGCGCGGAUCUACAGAUAUUGUCAGGUUAAGAUUGAAAAAGGUGUAAAAACAAAGAUAACUAUAGACCUGGCUUCGGAUAUAUACUGAUGUUAUUAAAUUUAGGUUGACAAAACGUGUAAAUUCAUUAAAUAUGUACAAAAAAUAUCAUGCUAUUCAUCGGAAAGAAAUUAAUGUCAUGAAUUAUCUUAACCUUCAUGAAUAAAUUUGUUUGAAUUACCUCAUUUCAUGAAAAAAGACACGCUUCACUCAAAACUUGUGAUAAUGUACAACAAAUAUCGUGUAUUUGUUUUCUACGUUUAUGAUAUGCAUUAUAUUCCUAGCUAGAACAUGAAAAUAUGAAGGCUAGUGCUUUUCAAAUUAAAACGCAUUAUUUGGUGCUCUACCUCCGAAAUUGACAUUUCUUAACAGAUAAGAUAAUCAUUGGUUUUCUUUUGCAGAUAAGUACAUGAUUGUAAAAUGAUUUAUAUUUAGAUAUUAAUGCAAAUGUUAUUAAACAUAAGUAUGCUUUUCAAGAAUCCUCAUCAAAUUUUUUGUACAAGCAAGAUUAUUUUAGAAAUGAUUGCAACUUGAGACAAUCUUAUACCUUAUAUAUGAAUAUUUUCUUUAAUCAUGUGUUCAAUAAUUAUACCAUUAUCAGUUUUCCUUUUGUGUGUUUUAUUUUUUUAUGGAUUUGAGUUAUCUGGAAUAUAUAUUACCUUUGGUUCUGAAUCAAUCAUUUUUGUGCGAUGCAGUCAGUUUUUUUUAUAAUAUUUUUGAAAAUGAACCUCAUGAUACAUGUACAGGUAUAUGAAUUUGAACUAUAUAAUACAGUAUUUUCAACAACGGCGGCUCAAUUUAUUUUAUUUUUAGUGUUUUGGCUUCUUGUAUUGGGUCUUAUACGCAAUCAUGUUUUUGUAAUCAAGUGCUAGUAUUGUUUAUGAACUUAUAAUCAAGACUAUCUACUGAUAUAUAGAACUGUAAAUUGUUUUUAUUCCAAUUCAGGAAUGGUUUACUUCUAUUGCAAUUAAUAAAUUUAAAUAUCAUUUUUCAAAAGAUUUCCAACUGAUAAUGUUUCGAAAAUUGAUUACAAAACAUGUAUAUAUACAUGAAUAGUGCAGUUUUGAUUUAUUUUAAUAAUAGUGUUAUAAUGGAAAAAGCCUGUUUAUAACAUAAUGUAAACCUGAGAUUUAAUUAUAAGGCAUUUCAGUAUAAUUUCAUUAUGUAUGAAGUUGCUUUUAAAUAAUUUUUAUGGAGCAAAUAGCAUGAACUUAUCUGAGAAGUACUACUUUGCUGUUAUAAAUGGAAAGUUUUCCAUAAGACCCCAUGGAUAACUGAAUUUUUUUAUGAUAGAAAUGGAAAAAAUAUCCAAACAAUUUUAUGCAAUUUGUUUGAAUAUAUCUAAUUCAGAAUCUCUUUGUAAUUUACUUAUAAAAUGUAAGUGCUAUGUAAAAUGUAAGUGUUUUUGAAGAAUCAUGGAUUAUUUGUGGUUGUUUGUGUGUUCAAGGCAGCAUUAAGCCUUCUAUCAACAAGUAACUUGCAAACAGCUGAAAGUGUAAUUAUAUUUUUUUCUCUAUAAUUUUUAUAUUUUUUCGUAUGGGAAGCUGGAUCUCAAAUUUUCUAAUCAGAAAAAAAUAAUUAUUAUCAUAUUUUUAACAAAAGAAAAGUAUUACAAGGAGAAAAAUGCAAAAUUAGUAUUCAUAUAAAAGGUAUUUAUAAUAAAAAAUCAAACUAUUUUAUUUCUUUUCUCCUAGGAAAUCAAAUAUAACACUCAGAAAGGCAAACUUUGCCAACAAUUACACAAAAUAUUUUUCUGAGUGGCUCGAAAUUUACUUUGAUUUAAACAAAACGCCAAAUGAAAAUACUAAAUAAAAGAUAUCAAGUUUAAGUAUAUAUAAAUAUAUAUAACACACUGUAUCUUCUGUAUAUUAUUAUUUUUGCAUUGAGUUGAAAAGGGUGUUCGGGUAUUCUUUUUAUAUACAAAAAUGUAUAUGUAGUUCUGCUAAUAAAAGCAAAUGGUAUGUUAAAUAAGAAAACUGUUAAUUGCUCUGAAAAAUAAAAAAAGUGAAAUUAU